GAACUGGGUUUUGUGUACGGAAGUGGUCAGCAGGUUGUAAGGUCAGAGAGCAAAGGCUAUCCCUCUUUCGAUUCAGAAUACACACAGCCAUCUUGGAUGUAAAGAAAGAAAAGGGAAUUUGAUGCGGUGACAAAAGGCAUGUUUGGUGCUAGAAAGAAAUUUGUUGAGUUCGUCGAGGUAGUCGAUAAUGACUUCACAGAUGAAGGCAUGUACUAUAAUCAGCCGUCGAUGUUCCCACAUCGGUCGGACAAAGAUAUGCUCUCCUCUCCCUCACCAUCAUCGUCAGGUCAGCUGUCGCAGUUUGGUGCGAGUUUGUAUGGUCCACAAAGUACACUGGGCUUCUCUGUCAGGGGCAUGGGGAACAGUACGCCUCAGUUAAACCGAAAUCUAACACAAGGCACACAGCUACCAAGUCAUAUCACUCCCACGACAGGAGUCCCCACCAUGUCUCUUCACACCCCUCCUUCACCAAGCAGGGGGACAUUGCCGAUCAACUCGAGGAACAUGCUGAACCACUCUCAGGUAGGUCAAGGCAUUGGGAUGAGCAGCAGGACCAAUAGUAUGGGCAGCUCGGGGCUGGGCAGCCCCAACCGCAGCUCUCCCAGUAUCAUCUGUAUGCCCAAACAGCAGCCAGCACGACAACCCUUCACCAUAAACAGCAUGUCAGGAUUUGGUAUGAACCGCAAUCAGGCUUUUGGAAUGAACAACUCACUAUCAAGCAACAUCUUCAAUGGCACAGAUGGGAGUGAAAACGUAACGGGACUGGAUCUGUCAGACUUUCCUGCGUUAGCAGACAGGAGUCGAAGAGAAGGGACUGGAAAUCCAACACCGGUGCUCAACCCACUGGCUGGAAGGGCUCCUUAUGUUGGCAUGGUGACAAAGCCAUCGACUGAACAGACACAGGAUUUCUCAAUCCAUAAUGAGGACUUCCCCGCACUGCCUGGCCCGAACUAUAAGGACCCUACGUUGAACAAUGACGACAGCAAAACUAACUUGAACUCUACAAGCAAGAGCACAUCCAAUGCAGACGGGCCCAAGUUUCCCGGAGACAAGACGGCCUCAGCACAGAACAACAACCUGAAGAAAGGGAUCCAGGUGUUGCCCGAUGGUCGGGUGACAAACAUUCCCUCAGGAAUGGUGACAGACCAAUUUGGCAUGAUUGGCCUGCUGACGUUUAUCCGGGCGGCAGAGACUGAUCCUGGAAUGGUCCAUCUGGCACUUGGGAGUGACCUCACAACACUGGGACUCAACUUAAACUCACCAGAAAACCUGUACCCUAAGUUUGCCUCUCCUUGGGCCUCAUCACCGUGUCGACCACAGGACAUUGACUUCCACGUUCCCUCCGAGUAUUUAACCAAUAUCCACAUAAGGGACAAGUUGGCUGCAAUCAAACUGGCCCGGUAUGGUGAAGACCUGUUGUUCUACCUGUACUACAUGAAUGGUGGAGACUUGCUACAGCUGUUGGCAGCUGUUGAGCUCUUUAACCGUGACUGGAGGUACCAUAAAGAAGAGCGGGUUUGGAUAACAAGGGCGCCUGGCAUGGAGCCUACACUGAAGACCAACACCUAUGAGAGGGGCACCUACUACUUUUUUGAUUGUCUUAACUGGAGGAAAGUAGCCAAGGAAUUUCAUCUGGAGUAUGACAAGCUGGAAGAGAGGCCUCAUGUGCCAACAACGUUCAACUACAACCCAGCCCAGCAGGCCUUCUAAGGCCAGUCCUAAGGCCGCAGCUGUUCCUGCACACAAUGCUGUUGUCCAGGAGGAGGCGCUGUGGUUUACACAGCUUGGUUUUUAUUCCUCAAGGAUUUGGCUAUUUGACUGCGGGGGUCAUCGCCACCAUCAAAACUGCCCUGCCUUUCCAAAAUUACAUGCUGCCCAACACACCAACACUUGUUCUGUUUUUAUUCUUUAUGUUCCUCCUGUUGUUUUUUUUGUCUUGUUUUGAGCAGGGUCUGUGUUACGUUUACGUCUUUGAAUCUGAAGCCUGUUUUCUCCCAGAAUGGAGGACUGACCUUGUGGCACAGGACAGUGACAGAACAAGGGUUACGCCUCACAUUUCCAGCAAGUGUUACAAACAGGAAAAAAGUGGAGGAAGCAAAGUUAACCGUCAGACGCAAGUGAAAGGGUGAAAGAAUCGCAAUGUUUAUUGUUGCACUAUAUUUAGUAAUAAAAGAACACAAAAUUUGUUUGUGCUUUUUUAUGUGAACACUCCCUGAUCAUCUUUUUUCCCCUUCUCUGUUUUUGUUAUGGAUUUGGGGAGGGGGGGGUGGUUGUUUCAUUCAACUUUUCCACAUGCGUCACUUUUAAGCUCACCUUUUUUUUCUUCCUUUGAACCUCUGUAUUUGUAACACCAAGCAAUUUUCUGUCUCAUACUUUGCCUCUCUGAGUUCCGCGUCACCUGGCGAUGGACACAAAUCUGGAAGACGCCAACGUGGACAAAAAACUUGCGGAGGCUCUAACACACAACAUUGCUCCAGAGCAAAUGAAACACUUUCCAGUCUUUGUUACAAUUUUGUAAUAAAUGUGUAGAUUUUUUUGUUUCUUUGCAUCACAUAAAUUAGAGUAUGUAUGUACGAAUUUGUAUAUAUGAUUGCUAUAUAUAUAUAUACAUAUAUAUGUGUAUGUAUAUAUGACAUCUAUUUUGAGAGAAAUUUGCCCUGCCUCGUUUUUAUGAGGUGAGUAUAGAUGCAAUAUGUGGACGCAACAGGACAUUUCUGGAUCUGCUGGACAGGGUGUCUCAUGGCGCUGUGGGCACUUAACAAAAUGAUUCAAAACAAAGAAAAAAAAUCAUGUUAUUCAAAGGAAAGGCCUGAUUCUCACCACACAAAAAAAGUCGACAAGGAGAUCAUUCCCGCAUUUCAAGUCCAAAGCAAAAGGAGGGAUGUGAUUCAAUUAAAGCUGUUUGAACAGCAGCAUUUCAUAGCAAAAGGAAAAAAGACAAUUUGAGGAGAAAAAAAAUUCAGACCAAUCUUGUAUUUUCUGAAGUGAAAAACUUCUUUGUAUUAAAGCAGAAAAGGCUUUCCUGAA